ACAUCUACCCUCUUCCUCCCUCUGUUAUCCAUUCCGCCACUGUUCACUCCCGAGCCACUCCGCAGCCCCUGCUCCAAUGGCGCUGUGCCGGACGGCGCCCGCCAACUCCUCCUGCUUCCACCCCCGCGCCGUCGCCAGCUCGCCCUCCUCUCUCAGCGUGGGCACCAAGGUCUUCGUCGGGUUGAAGGCCCAGACCAGGCUCGGCUCGUCCGAGUCGUCGUGCCCGAAUGUCAACGCCCGGUUCUACACCGCCGUCAACCGGAGGGUCUCUCUAGGGUUGUCAAACAAGAGGGCUACCAGGGCACGUAUUUCCAUGAUGCCUGUCGGCACCCCACGGGUACCGUACAGAACACCUGGUGAAGGAACCUGGCAGUGGCUUGACAUAUGGAAUGCUUUAUAUCGUGAACGGAUUAUCUUCAUUGGGGACACUAUUGAUGAAGAAUUCAGUAACCAAGUACUGGCAAGCAUGCUGUAUCUUGACAGUGUUGAUGACACAAAGAAGAUUCUUCUAUACAUCAAUGGUCCAGGAGGAGAUCUUACACCAUGCAUGGCGUUAUAUGAUACCAUGCUAAGCCUAAAGAGUCCAAUUGGUACUCAUUGCCUGGGCUUUGCAUUCAACUUGGCAGGAUUCAUUCUUGCAGCUGGUCAAAAGGGUUCACGUACUGGUAUGCCUCUUUGCCGUGUUUCACUUCAGUCACCUGCUGGAGCAGCUCGAGGCCAGGCUGAUGAUAUAGAAAACGAGUCAAACGAACUUAAUCGAAUCAAGAACUAUCUUUACGGCAAGCUAGCAGAGCACACGGGCCAUUCUGUUGAAAAGGUUCAUGAGGACUUGUCCAGGUCGAAGCGCUUCGACGCCGAAGGAGCCCUCGAAUACGGGAUCAUCGACCGUAUCGUCAGGCCUUCCCGGAUCAAGAAAGAGGGCGGCUCGACCACCGGUCAGAAGAAGGAGCUGCGGAAUCUGGGACUCGGCUAAUCGUAGAUGUUAGCGCACCAGAGUUAGCCCUAGACUGCCACAGUUUUUGAAUUUUUCCACGUCUUCGAAAUCUUGACGCUUCCUUGCAUUGGUCCAUGUGGAUGUACGAGAUUUAGCUUGUUCUCUCCGGUAUGCGGUAGCAGGAAGAGGUGAUAGGCGGUGGCUAUCUUUUCCGUUUUUCAUACACACCCAGAAACGCCGCGCACGUUUGAUGAUUUCGCGCGACAUUAAUGUUCUUGUUGAGCCAGUGGUCCGGCAAGAUGCCGUCUGAUUUUUUUUAA